UUUACUCAAAACAGUAAAUAACAGCUGAUAGUAAAAUUUGUAACUCCUUUUGUUUUAAUAUACUAAAAUGGUUGACCAACUCCAUGAUGAUGAGUGGAUAAAUAUUGUAAGGUAUCUAACCCUAAGAGAUCAAUUAUCGUUAAUGUGCACAUGCCAGUACUUUGAGAACAUUGUAAAAAAGAGCUGGCAAUGCACGGCCAAGGCAAAAGUGGACGAGGACGUUCUGCAAGUGUUCAAAAAGAAGCCGCAACGAAUGCACUGCUAUCUGCAGUUAGCCAGUAAAUCACUGAAGAAACUAAUUCUACGCGGCGCUGAACUAGAACUAUUGCUGCCAUCUUGGAAGAUCUACGACUUUCAGCAACUGCACAGCUUAGACUGCCAUGUUUGGUGUGUGCACAGUUUCGACCAGACUACAUUGCUGCUCGCUCAAAUAUUUCCCAAUGUCACCGAACUCAACAUUAAGGACAUGAGUGGUGGCCAUGGCAUCUGGAACUUUAAACGCGUGCAGGAGCUAACAUUGAAUUCCACUUCAUUGAAUGCACCAGUGCUGGAUCGCAUUUUUGCCAAGAUGCCGUUGCGUAGACUGUCGCUAUUUCCAUUCUUUAGCUCCCAGUUGGAUGACCUUUCACUUGUCCAUAGAUGCACAACAUUGAAAGAGUUUGUCAUUCAUGAUUUCAAUUUGAAGUUCGAUAUGUUGCGGAGUUUGCUAAAUUUGCCAAAUUUCUAUCGAUUAACUUUAUACACCCGAGAAUAUUACGAAAACUAUAUGCGUAAUUUGAGGGCAUUGGAACAAGAAUAUCGAGUGACAUCUCUGAUAUUUAGAGCAUGUUUCUGGUUCUUUCCCAAUGUCAGCUCGUAUAUUGUUCGCUUCAAGAAUCUUCGACGUCUGGUCAUGCUGGAUGAUGAUAUCGAUAAUUGUCAGCUAAUGCUCAUUUGCUCUCAACUGAAACAUUUGGAGUCAUUGCACUUAAUGCAGAUUAGCGAAUCCUUCUCUGCCAGCGAUUUCUGGAAUAUGGUCGACGCUUGCAAUUCUUUGAAGGAAGUCAGCAUAUCGUUCAACGAUUUGGAACCAAAUUUCUUGGAGGAAAGCAAGAAACUUAUAGAUGGAGUGUUCCUGAGUCUCAAUUCGCCUCUGACGCUUCACGUGUAUAACACUAUUUUGGACCUUGAUGUGCAGGAGACUCUCGAUGCACUGCAGCAUCCGCUGCUGGAGAUUUCGUUUGAUGAAGUGCUGAUUGAAACAUUGGCAACAGCACCUGACGCAUUUAUAGAAACCGAAUUUAUACCUAACGAAUUGUAUUCAACACAUAAGGGAGCACCUAACCAAAUUUGUAUAUAAACAACUCAGCAAAGACUGCAAAGCACACUCUCUGUGAUUAUUAUGAAUGUCGCUGGUAAAAAUCGGGUUUAUGUACAUUUUGCAUUUUUAAAAUCAGUCAAUCAAAAAAUCAUACAUUAAAAAAAAGACGACGAAAUGAUUGAGCUGCAAUGAAAUCUCUGAAAUCAAUUAUGGCAUUUAACUCCACCUAGUAUUUGUUCAAAAUAAAACAAUAGUAUUUCAUAAUCAGAAUGCUUACAAUAGAUGAAGAUAA